AUCCUGGAAAUAACUAGAUAUAUUAUUGAGAAAAGAUCCACAAUGAAAAACCACACAGUGCCCUCAGAAUUCGUCCUACUAGGACUGUCGGAUGACCCUGAGCUUCAGAUUGUGAUCUUCCUCUUUUUAAUUGUCAUGUACAUACUAAGUGUCACUGGGAACCUGACCAUCAUCACUCUCACUUUGGUAGACCCCCACCUACAGACUCCCAUGUAUUUCUUCCUCAGGAACUUCUCUGUUUUAGAAAUAACCUUUACGACUGUCUGUAUCCCCAGAUUUCUAAGCACAAUUGUUACCAGAGACAAAACAAUUUCCUACAACAAUUGCACAGCUCAGUUGUUUUUCUUCAUCUUCAUGGGUAUCACUGAAUUUUACCUUCUAACCGCCAUGUCCUACGAUCGCUAUGUUGCCAUCUGCAAACCACUGCACUACACAACCAUCAUGAGCAGAAAAGUCUGCGUAGUGCUGGUGUUCUCUGCUUGGCUGGCAGGGUUCCUCAACAUCUUCCCACCUGUCAUUCUUUUUCUGCAGUUAGAUUACUGCGGCUCCAAUGUCAUUGAUCACUUUGCUUGUGACUACUUCCCCCUCCUGCAGUUGUCCUGCUCAGACACAUGGCUUCUGGAAGUGAUCGGGUUUUACUCUGCAAUAGUGAUACUGCUCUUCACUUUAGCCCUAAUCAUUUUGUCCUACAUGUUCAUCAUCCGGACGAUCUUGAGACUUCCAUCUGCCAGCCAGAGAAAAAAGGCGUUUUCUACUUGCUCCUCUCACAUGAUUGUCAUCUCCAUCUCAUAUGGCAGCUGCAUAUUCAUGUACGCAAAUCCUUCUGCCAAAGAAAGGGCAUCACUGACCAAAGGGGUAGCUGUUCUCAACACCUCUGUCGCUCCCAUGCUGAAUCCAUUUAUCUACACCCUGAGGAACCAGCAAGUGAAGCAAGCAUUUAAGGACACCAUCCAAAAAGUGGUGCUUUUCUCUGGAAAAUGA